AUGAGCUACCUGAACGUCAAUUCCGGUCCAUCUUACGGCGCACUUGAUACAGACGAGCAGAUCAUGGAUCGCGAAGAUCAGAGGCUGCUCUAUGGUGCCUUUGCGGACGGGGAGCAGGAAGACCGUCACUAUGACACGGAUGAUGACUUGACGUCCGAGAGUGAGGUGCAGGAAGGUGUUCGAAAGAUAGAGGCGAUCAGCCGAACGUGGACGCAGCGGGCCUUGGUUGUAGCAUAUCUCAGUAUAUUCCUCAUGGCAUUCUGUACUUCCCUGGAAGGACAGACCGUCUCCUCACUGUCCGCUUACGCCACCAGUUCGUUCAGCAAACAUUCUUUGAUCUCAACCGUACUCGUCGUUCAGAACGUGGUGAAUGCUGUCAUCAAGCCCCCCAUGGCCAAGGUGGCGGACGUCUUCGGCCGUUUCGAAGCGUUCUGUGUCAGUAUCAUCAUCUAUAUACUUGGCUACAUCCAGAUGGCCGCCUCCACGAACGUGCAGACCUACGCGUCUGCUCAGAUCUUCUACUCAGCCGGUUCGACCGGUCUGCAGAUCCUCCAGCAGGUCUUCAUCGCUGAUAGCAGUGACCUGCUCAAUCGAGCCAUGUUCGCCCUUCUCCCGGAGCUGCCGUUCCUGGGAACCGUCUGGAUAGGCCCCAUGAUUGCCGAUGCUGUGCUCAGACAUAGUUCCUGGCGAUGGGGUUACGGGAUGUGGGCGAUCAUACUUCCUGCUGCUUUCCUGCCACUGGGCCUGACCUUGUUGCUCAACCAGAGAAAGGCAAGGAGGCUCAAUCUGAUCAAACCAAGGGCAUGGAAAGGAACGGGGUGGGUUGACGCCUUGCGGAAUACCUGGUACGACUUGGACAUGUUCGGGUUGAUACUACUGUCUUCUGCAGUCGCUCUGAUUCUGAUCCCCCUCACUUUGGCGGCUAACGCGAAAGACGGGUGGAAGAACAACAACAUCAUCGCGAUGAUUGUUGUGGGCCUUUUCUGUCUCAUCCUCCUGCCCGGAUGGGAGACUUCCAAGAAAUUGGCCCCUAAGCCCCUUCUGUCGCUACACCUUCUCAAGCAGCGGACCGUACUUGCAGGAUGUGCGCUCGCCUUCUUCUACUUCAUGGCCUUCUACUUCUCCGUCCAGCCUUAUCUCUACUCAUACCUGCAAGUCGUGCAGAAUUUCGAUGUGUCUAGCGCAGGGCGCGUGACGCAGACUUUCGCCUUUACAUCAACCAUUGCAGCAUUCUGCGCCUCCAUCCUUAUCAAGUAUACCCGGCGCUACCGCCCCUAUGUCACGGCAGGCUGUGUCAUAUACAUUGGCGGCCUGCUGUCGAUGCUGCUCUACCGCACAGAGGGCAGCUCCCCGGCACAGAUUCUCGCAACGCAGAUCAUCGUGGGAACCGGUGGUGGAUUGCUGAAUGUUCCUGUCCAGCUUGGAGUGCAAGCAUCUGCUAACCAUCAAGAAGUAGCGGCGGCUACCGCCAUGUUCUUGACAUCUCUAGAGAUGGGCGGUGCUGUAGGCGCGGCCAUUUCUGGGGCCGUCUGGACACACUCCAUCCCUAAAAAACUGCGGCUGUAUCUGCCACCCGAAAGUCAGAAGGAUGCUGCAGAGAUCUAUGGCAAAUUAACUAAAGCGCUUUCCUAUCCAAUGGGAUCCCCGACCCGGCUUGCCAUCAACAGAGCCUACCAGGAGACGAUGAAUAGUCUGCUUGGGUUGGCGAUCCUUGCUGUCAUCCCAUUGAUACCGCUGAGUCUCCUGAUGAAGAACUACAACCUGGACAAGGUGAGCAACAGUACGGCAGCCUUUACUCGUCAUAACCCGCUAAUUGAAGAAGCUGAGUCAAGGGAUGAAGGGAAAAGUAAUCGGUCAUCUUCACGAACACGAACGCGAACGCGAAUCGACUCUGAUCGACGACACUUCCACGCUGAAUGA